GGUAAACCUCUGGAUAAAGGGGUUCAUUUUCUUGCUACCGUGCGGAAGUCUAAAAAAACUGGCCAAUCGCAUUUUUGUCUUCUAUCCAAUCCUCUUGAUGAAAGACUGAGGCGCGAAAUUAUCGCAAGAGUAUUCUUGAGUUCGUCUGGUUGAAGAAAUUCAACGAAUAAAAGAAGAUAUAACAAGUCAUUCAUUCUUAGCGAGACUAGUCAACAAUUACGUUAGCACUAGCUAGCUAGCAAUCCGAUUGUUAACCCUGAGCGCCAUCGCGUCAUCAUGGCUCAGUCGGAUGAAUCAAGUCAAGCCAGCUCUGAGGAGACAUUCGACAUGUCCGAUUCAGACAGUGACUUUGAGGUCGAAUUCAGAUCCACGAAGGAGAGAAAACGGAAUGUCACCAACGCACAUGGACCUGUGCCACCCAAGAGACCCAGGCGCAAAGCUGCGUCCCAGCCCAGCUCCAGGUCUGGCCCCGGCCUGAGCCCCACCCCUCCAGCCUCCUCCCCCCAGCUUCCCUCCCAUGGGACCCCCAGGCCAGUCUCCCCCAAACCGCUCUCCCCUAGGCAAGAGAGGCGAGGCAACAAGGACAGACAGUUCAUCUGUGCAGGAGACAUGUAUGAAGCCAUACGCUCUGGAAAGAGUGCCGUGGUGACGGUGGUGGAUGAGUGGCUGGACGGCUACAAGCACGACCGAGAGGCGGGCCUCCUGGUGCUCAUUAACUUUGUGGUUCAGUGCUGCGGAUGCAAAGGUGUGGUGAGCAGGGAGAUGUUUGACAGUAUGCAGAACGCAGAGAUCAUCAGCACCCUGACUAAGGAGUUUAACGAGGAGUCUGUAAACUACCCUCUGUGCACCCCUGGCCCCCAGUGGAAGCGCUUCAAGGCGGGGCUGUGUGAGUUCUUCAGGGUGCUGGUGCGCUCCUGCCAGAACAGCCUGCUCUACGACGACUACCUGUUCUCCUCCCUGCUGGCUCUGCUCACCGGCCUGUCUGACUCGCAGGUCCGAGCCUUCAGACACACCAGCACCCUGGUCGCCAUGAAGCUGAUGACGGCGCUGGUGGAGGUGGCGGUGACGGUGUUCGCCCAGGUGAAGACCACGCAGAGACGCUACGACGUGGAGACGACCAGGAGCCCAGAGGACAGAGCCCUGGGCAGGCUGGAGGAGCUCCAGGCCAACGUCAGCCAGCUGCUGGAGCACCAGGAGGAGCUGUCCUCCAUGAUGAACGCAGUGUUCCGGGGGGUGUUCGUGCACCGCUACAGAGACCUGGUGCCCGAGGUCCGGGCCGCCUGCAUCACAGAGAUGGGGGAGUGGCUGAAGGAGAACCCCACUGUCUUCCUGAACGACGGAUACCUCAAGUACAUGGGCUGGACCCUGCACGACAAGCAAGGUCUCGUGCGUCUGCAGUGUGUGCGUGCCCUGCAGGGUCUGUACCAGGAGAAGGACUUCAUUGGGCGCCUGGAGCUCUUCACCAGCAGGUUCAAAGAGAGGAUGCUGAGCAUGGUUCUAGACAGGGAGCCAGACGUAGCGGUGGAAGCCGUCCAGCUGCUGUUGCUCAUCCAACAGAGGACAGAGGAGGGCCUCUCUGAGGAGGAGAGCAGCAGUGUGUAUCCUCUGGUGUUUGCAGCACACAGAGGCCUGGCCUCAACUGCUGGAGCUUUCCUCUACCACAAGCUGUGCAGUGUGAUGGCCAGGGAUAAUGAGGAUCAGGAUAUGGGAGCUCGUAGGGCUGCGUUUCUCAACAUCCUGGUGUCCUUCUACACCCAGAGUGAGUUCCAUGAGCACGGGGCCUACCUGGUGGACAGCCUGUGGGCCGUGGCAGCUUCAGAGCUGAGGGACUGGGAGACCAUGACAUCACUGCUGCUGCUGCAGGAGACAGAGCCUGGCCAGGGUCCGAGCGAUGAGGAGGAGGGGGCGUUGAUAGAGCUGAUGAUGUGUGCCAUGAGGCAGGCAGCAGAGGUGCACCCCCCUGUGGGGAGGGCCCAGGGCAAGAAGGUCCUCAGCAUGAAGGACAAGAAGACGCAGGCUCAGGACAGGAGGCGCAUCACGGCCCACUUCAUCCCUCUGCUUCCCCAGCUCCUGGCUAAGUACUCUGCAGACGUGGAGAAGGUGACCAGCCUGCUGAAAGCACCGCUCUACUUUGACCUGGAGACCUACAGCAGCACCAGCAGACUGGAGAAGUGUCUGGACGUGCUGCUGGUGCAGGUGUGGGCCGUGGUGGAGAAGCACACAGAUGGGGGCGUGCUAGAGGCGUGUGCCCGCGUGGCCUGCGCCCUCUCCUCCCCCCGCUACACCUUCUCCUCCCGGGCGGACCUGGCUCUCAGCCAGCUGCUGGACCGGCUCACGGACAGAUUCAGCUCCCACCUCAACGACCUGCUGCAGGGGACUGCUGAUGAAGAUGAUGUGUACAGUGCAGCCAACACCCUGAAGAGGAUUGCAGCCUUCAGCAGUGCCAAGGACCUGACAGGCUGGAAGCUGUUUGAGCCCUGCUUCAAACUCCUGAAGAGCGGAACAGAGUCCACAGAUAUGGACAAGGAGCUCAUGGUACCUGCUCUGACGUGUGCAGCCUUCCACCUGCUCUGGGAGAGACAGAAGGUGUCCUGCUCCACACCCUCUGAGGUAGAGCUGAAGCAACUGAGGAAGGAGUUCCGCUCGUUCUGUGUGGUGUGUCAGAGCUGUCUGUCUGUGGCCCAUGCAGAGAUCAGGGACCAGUCGUUUGAGCUGCUGUGUGACCUGCUGCUGCUGUUCGGGCUGGGCUCUGUGAGGUCUCAGCCCGCCCUGCACAGCCUGGCUCUCCCUCCCUGCGACCCGCUCCGCUCUGAGAUGGCUGCCUUCCUCCUGGACCACGUCUUCACCGAGCCUGAAGACCAUGAGCUGGCAGGUGAGGAGGAGGAGGCUGAGGUCAGGAUAUCCACUCUGCAGCGCAGGAGGAACCAGCUGGCGGGCUACUGUAAGCUGGUCAUCUACGGAGUGCUGGACCUCAGCGCAGCCACCGACAUCUUCAGACACUACAGCAAGUUCUACAAAGACUACGGUGACAUCAUCAAGGAGACGCUGUGUAAGACCAGGAUGAUGAGUCCGGUGCAGAGCGCCAGGACGCUGUGUCUGAGCCUGCAGCAGAUGUUCACAGCGGAGGUGUCUGAGGAGCAGGGAGCUGGUGACCUGGGGGAGAUCAGAGAUCUGGCCCGGCGUCUGGCCAUGAGCUUCGGCAUCGACCUGCAGCGCGUACGCAGCCCCCUGCUGGCCCUGCACACCGACGGGAUCCGGUUUGCGUUCCGGGAGGCAGAGGACGGGGACCCGCCCCCUAACCUGGCGUUCCUGGAGAUCCUCAGCGAGUUCAGCUUCAAGCUCCUCCGUCAGGACCGCGCCCAGAUAUUGGUGUUCCUGAAGGGUGAGUGUGGCUCUGCUGCCCCCUCCUGUCAGGCUGUGAAAAUGUACCAUCGCUCCCUGCAGCCUGGCCCCUCCAGGAGCGCUGAGGCCCCGUCCCCCCACAGCACGCCUGUGGCCAAGCGCAGACGACCCUCCCCCCCUGGCACGGUGUCCAGUGUGAGUGAGGAGGCGUGGCUGGACAGCAGUGGUGUGAGGGGCAACCUGUCUGGCCCCACCCUCACCUCCACCCUGGAGAGGCAGCCCGCCGCCCACGCCAGCUACGCACCCAGUAUCGUCUCCGAGGCAGAAUCUGACGACUUCUCAGAGGGGUCAAUGAUGCGCAGGGUGGAACCUAACAGACGUGCCCAGCCCAGCCCCUCUGAGCUGGACUCCCAUCUCACACUUCCUGUGUUUCUCAGACUCACCCUGAUCGAGGAAGAUGAGCAGGAGGUUGAUAUAGACGAGUUUGAGAGCAAUGAUUCUGACAGUGGGACGGCCAUCACCCUGCCCUCAACAAGACGCUCCACGAGUUACCUAGAGGAUCUGUUCUAGUGGGACGGUGCUGCAUGCUGGCGAGGAGGCUCUGGGGCCUGUUCCAUACAGCGAGCUCACCACGCUUCUGUUAGGAAAAGUAACUGACAUAAGCCUGGCUUAUUCAGUAAACCUGCUGUAUGGAAGAGGCCCCAUACCUGCCCUGUGCAUGAUGCAUGUGUGGGUAGCUCCAACAUGAUAUACUUGGAUGAACUUGGUUUGUGAGGCAAGGUUUGGUACAUGGGCCUGAAGAGGCUGCAAUGAUCAAAUGUUUUGUUUUACAGUUUGUUUGUUUGUUAGGGUUUUGAUAAAUGUUUGGGGUAUAUAUAUGAUCUAGUCUACAACUAGAACUGUUUAUGGAUUGUUUGAUAAUAUAGGCUAUGCAGGGUUUUUUUCUGUUAUUGUGACCUUGUAUGUUCACUAAAAUAAAACACGUUUUAUUGCUAUAUU